CCCUCAGACUCCGAUGUGGAUGAGAGAAGAAGAGACGAGCAACAAUGUGAGCGGCUCACCGUCCUUCAGCGCUCCGCUCAGUGUGGAUCCGUUCUGACUGAAGCCGCACACCGUCUGUGCAACAAGCCGAGCAGGAGGACAAUGGACCGCCGGACUGCGUCCAGCCGGGACCGCGGUGGCUUUUAGGUCCUGCUAUAUCCUGGAGAAGACGUGGACAUGAUGAAAUAGACUCAUCGGUUAAGGCCCUGCGGCUGACUUCUGGGCAAAGCCAUUGGGCUCUGUUGUUGGGAGGCCAGUUGAACAGCUGAGAGAGGAAAUGAAGUCCACUAUGAGGCAGUGGCGGCGGUUAGUGCUGGUGGGAAUGUUGGCUUGGGUUCUCCUCUUCCUCGCCCUCCUGUCAUACUUUCUGGAUGCCCGAGUGGAUGAGCCCCUGACCUCUGCCGGCUCCUCCCUCGCCCAGCACCCUGACACACGUCGACUGGCUUCUAUCCAGGCCUCCCAUCAGCAGCAUGGCAUCAUGGGCUCACGACCUGAACUGGCUCCCGCCUUGACGACUCCUAUUUACCCUGGAGAUGAGCUAGAACCUUCUACCAGCUCCACCACCCCCGAGACCAGUCUGGAGGUGAGCCAGAGUCCUAACAGUGCUCCCUACUCCAUUUAUGGUAGCCCGGAAAUCAGUCAGCAGGACUACCUGGACCCCCAGAGCCUCGCGGCUUGGUCCUCUUUUGGCACAGAGAAUGUGGGUUCUCACUCCGACCCUGCAGUCCAAAGUCGCGAAAGAUCAUUUCAGAUCGCAGAGUAUCAGAACCGUGUCACACGCCACCAUGGUCCUGGUGGGGAGGAAGUGGAUGAUAAGUAUGAUGAAGAACUGGGAAACAGUAUAAGGACUAGGAAUACCGAUGAGGACUCUACUGAUCGGGAAGCAUUCUCCAAGUCAGCCUCUGUGGUUCAGCGCCUGUAUCGAGGCCAUGUGUCUGCUGGCAUGCUGAGUCCUCGGUUGCAGCGCGCCAUGAAGGAAUACUUGAACGCCAACAAGCACCAUGUGUCCUACAAGGGAAAUCGCAGGACCACUCAGAGUGCCAAAGAACUGCUGUGUCAAAUGAAAUCCCAAGCUUGGCUGAGGACAAUAGAUGGGUCAGAGCAGCCCUUCUUCUCUCUUGGCUGGUCCAGUCUUGUGCCACCCGUUCCCCUGGAGGAACUUUACAGACAACAGCAGAAGACUUGUGCUGUGGUCACCUCUGCUGGUGCCAUCCUGCACUCAGGCUUAGGCAAAGAGAUUGAUUCUCAUGAUGCAGUCUUGCGGUUCAACGCUGCACCAACGGAGGGAUACGAGAAGGACGUGGGAAACAAAACCACUAUUCGUGUCAUUAACUCACAGAUUCUGGCCAAUCAUAAGCAUCGAUUCAACACAAGCUCCAUCUACAGGAAUGUUACUCUGGUGGCCUGGGAUCCUGCACCUUAUACUCUCAAUUUACACAAGUGGUAUGCCAGUCCAGACUACAACCUGUUUGAGCCGUACAUGGAACGCCGGCAGCUACUUCCUGACCAGCCCUUCUACAUCCUGCACCCGAGCUACGUGUGGCGACUGUGGGAUGUGAUUCAGGGCAACACUCAGGAGAACAUCCAACCGAAUCCUCCGUCAUCUGGGUUCAUAGGAAUCCUCCUGAUGAUGGCGCUGUGCGAGCAAGUGCACGUGUAUGAAUACAUUCCCUCCAUGAGGCAGACGGACCUGUGCCAUUACCACGAACGAUAUUACGACGCUGCCUGUACACUGGGUGCCUACCAUCCUCUCCUCUUCGAGAAGAGCCUGAUCCAGAGGAUCAACAUGGGCCCUGAGCGUGACCUCAGGAGGAGGGGCCGAGUCACGCUUCCUGGUUUUAGCACCAUCAACUGUGACAUGUGAGAUAGUCUAACCCUCUGAGCCCAAACAUAUCGGAUGCACCUUUUUUU